CAGCGAGGGCGAGCCAUUACGGUGUUUCCACAAGCCACUUGACUCACCGGUGAGAUGGAGGGGAUGUGUACGUGCAAGUGAUUAAUGUCAGCCAAUCAUAUGAAAGCAGAAACUGAUCCGUAAGGCAGUGUUAAAUGUCAUCUGCAAGAUGGCGCCAGAAUCGAAAAGCUUUGUUUACGUCCAUAGGUUCUCGUAAUCACUUUUGUUUCCGCAGCUUGUUUGUGGUUUUUGAGGUAUCCGCUGGAAGUGUGUCUGCGCGUUUAAUGUCAUUAUAAAACCGCAACGAGGGUGUGAUGGAGAACAGAAGAGCAAGACUUUACGGAAAGACGUUUUCAACUAUAUCAGAAAAAAUAUUUCCUGGUUUGUCUACAUGUUCCGACCAACCAUUAAACAGCGCGGAGAGAGAACAGAAGCACUUUCCAGCCUUCCUCUACAGAUGGUGUUGUACUUCAGUGUGAUCUUCUUCCCAGUUUGGCUUUCUUCUAUGACAGUUAUGUUUCAUUUCAAGUAUGGGUGCCUUACUGUUUUAUAUCGGUUCCUCGUUUCUACAGUUCUUCUGACAGCGGCGGGUAAUGAAUGUCUUAGACUGUACCUUGGGUACAUUGGUAACCUAUCAGACAAGGUACCGGAACUGGCUGGAUUCUGGUUGCUGUCACUGGUUCCACAGCUUCCUCUCCAGCUGUUUUUGUUGCUUAAUCAGAACAUUAUGCUGCAACCACUGGAGCAAAUAGUCCAGUCACUUUCUGUACUUUUAUUAAUUAUUCAGUUACUGACUGGCUUUUUUGCACUACGCCACUCUUCAAAGGUCCAUGCUGAGCAGUCUCGUUUGCGGAUACUACUUUGGACACAGCAGAAGGAUGAUUAAUAAGGUAUUACUCUUACUCAACAUUACGGAAGGACCCAUUAUUUCACAGAUGUAUUUACAGGGCUGCCCCAAGUUCCGGAAAUCAGGGAAUUUCAAAAGUGUCAGGGAAAUCUGGGAAAUUUGAAAAAAAAAGGAAAAAUCUUGUUUUUCUCUCAGUAGAGGAAAUGGUUUGUUCACUGAUUUGUCAUGCAUCAUCGCUGGCUGGGCACAGCUGAGUACGUGUGCCGCUUCCCCACUCCUGGAGACAGCAGUCAUGUGUGCAUUAGUUGUGUAUGAAUGAUUGUGUGAAUGUGUGUGUGCUCUUGUUUUGUGACAAAGGCUAUGAUCAAAAAUUUAAUUCUAGAGAGUGUGAUUGUCUUUGAUAUGUGCCUUUCAGCGGCUGAGCGAUCUUACGAAAAAUUAAAUGGAGGGAAGUCCCAAGACACCUACAAUAUCGUUACAGGUGAUGAAACGUGGGUGCACCAUUAUGACCCUGAAACGAAGACAGUCUUCUGUGUGGUUGCUUUUCAGGAGAGGAACCACCCACAAAAGUUCGAUGAAGUCGGAGCUCUGGAAAAAAGAUGGUGGCAACUUUUUUCACAACGAUCGGGCAGCUCACCUCUGUGACCUGGGACACACGUUGUACAGUCAAUGCUGAAUGAUACGUGGAAGAUUGUCUUCCAAAAGUCAUCGUCACAUGGAAGUCACAGCAUCCAAAGUCCAAGAGUGGGCACCUUCUGCUGCAUUACGACAACGCAUCUGCGCACAGGGCUGCUAGAAUGAUGGACUUCCUGGAGAAGGAAAAUGUGCAAGUGUUACCCCAUCCCCCCUAUUCACCUGACCUGGUCCCCUGUGACUUCUUUCUGUUCCCUAAGACUAAGGAAAAAAUUCGAGGGCAGCGGUUUUCAUCAGAUGAAGAGGCCAUAGCAGCGUACAAGAGUGCACUGAGUGACAUCCCAAAACAAGCUUGGACUGACACAUUUUCUAAGUGGUUUCAGAGAAUGGAAAAAUGUAUACAUGCUAAUGGAGAGUAUUUUGAAAAGUUGUAAACAUUUUUUUGAAAAUAAAUAUU